ACUCUACGGGCAGCAGAAGCCUAUAAGAAAAGCAAUAAGCCUAAUUUAGCUAAAUUAGCGCGGGAAUUCGCGGUUCCAAUUGAUCGACUACGCGGUCGCGUCCACGGUCGGAAGUCCAAUUCGACUAUUGCUAGCCAGAGCAAGGCAUUAAAUUCAAUUCAAGAAAAAGUAUUGAUAUCUUGGAUUUAUACCCUACGCAAUUUAUAUACUACAAAUACCCCAGAGCCGAAUUACUACUUUGGUUUAAUAGCCUUCGAAAGUUUAUAG